GCGGCAUGCCGCUGCGUCCCUCUCUCCUCUGUAGCCUGCGCUCUGCGCCAAUUCCUCCAGCUUGCAGUGCCAGACUGCUCCGGUGCUCGGCGCCAGCUAUUGGUGUACAUGGACUACAAUCUCAACAACGAAGAGGGCGGCAUGAUGAGGUCGCCAAGAAGAAUCAUUACGAACGGCUGAAUUUGCGGCAUGACGCCACGCCGGCAGAAAUAAAAAAGUCCUUCUAUUCACUUUCUAAGACCCAUCAUCCCGACGCCAAUCGUUCAGAUCCAAACGCUUCAUCUACAUUUUCCCUAAUCUCUGAGUCAUACACAGUGUUGUCUGAUAAAUCGCGCCGCUCGGCCUACGAUCGUGAUGUCCUGCGUCUGCACCAUCACCCACCACAAACGGCCACUCAGCGUGGUUCUUACCAUUCCCACCAGGCUGGCGGACGCGCACCUUCAGGUCUAAGCCGCAGGAGAGGUACCUUUCGCGGCCCGCCACCUAGUUUCUACCGCAGCGGAGGCUGGGGAGACCAGGCGGACAAACGUCGCAAGGCGCAUGAAGAGAGCACCGGUGGCGGCGCAUCGUCGCAAGAACAAGGAGCAUCACACAGUCGUAACCAGAGUCCCUGGGGUGACCCUUUUAAACCUGAGGCUUCUGCUCAUGGAGGAAUGGGACCAGGCGGCGACCCUUUUGGACACCAGAACGAUGUCCCUCACUUUGACAAAGCAGGCCAUACGCGAACACAUCAACGGGAGGACGAGCGGCGUAAAAGUCGAUGGCAGAAGCGAGCUAUGGGUGAUGACGAUGUCGAAUUCGAGCCGCAAACGUCCAUCACUGGACAUUUCAUCAUUAUAUCGGGCAUUCUGGCAACGACGAUAUUGGCCCCUCUCAUAUAUAUUCAAUUCAUGAGCAUUGGACAGCAAAAGAAGGAGAAAGUUUAGAUUAAGGUGGGGAAACAGCCGGAACCUGGUAUUUUUCUUUUAGAGCGCCAGUAGAAAGGAUAUAUGGUAUGAAAGACGUUUAAACGGCAGUACUGAAGUUUCACGACUGAUGGGCGAUGAGUUCUUCAUGGGCAGGGCGGAGCGCCCUGCGCAAAUAUCUAGAGAGAGGCUUCACGGACAUAAAGAGGCAUCAAGACAUGGCAAAGAUCUUCGGGAUUUUUUAUUUGAGAUAAUCUACAUCCUUAAGGACCACCG